AUGCCGGGAUUCGUACGCACGUCGCAAUCUGGACAAGCGACCUCCAUGGCUUCCUCGCAGGCUGCGAAGCCUGACUUCUACCUGAUUGCCAAUGAGGACGCCAUCUACGAACAGGACAUUCUCCGUAACCCCGGAAGCGUUCGACCAUGGCUCACUUACAUCGAGUUCAAGAUGCACAAUGGGACAAUUCACGAACAAGCAUUCGUACAAGAGAGGGCUUGCAUACAACUCCCUCGGUCAUACAAGCUUUGGAAGAUGUAUCUGGAGUUUCGGGUCAAACAUCUCAAGAAGAAAAAUCCUGUCAAAUACAAAGCAGAGUUCAACAAGGUCAAUGCGCUCUUCGAAAGAGCACUGAUUUUGUUGAAUAAGAUGCCGGUCAUAUGGGAGAUGUAUAUCACGUUCCUGUUGCGACAACCCUACGUUACCAGAACCCGAAGGACGUUGGACAAGGCACUAAGAGCUCUACCUGUAACUCAACACAACCGGAUUUGGAAGCUAUACAAGUCCUUUGCCAAUUCUGCCGGUGGGGAAACCGCCGUCAAGGUAUGGGCGCGAUAUGUCCAGAUACACCCGGAAGAUAUGGAAGACUACAUUGAUCUAUUGAUCGAUACGGGACAUUACCUGGAGGCUGUGAAACGAUAUAUUCAAAUUUUGGACAACCCGAAAUUCCGUUCGAAGCACAUCAAAAGUGAAUUUCAGCUCUGGAGCGAAAUGGUGGAGUUGAUGGUCAACAAGGCAAGAGAUCUCGGUGACAGUUCGGUAUCCGGAUUUGACCCGGACACUAUUAUCCGAAGCGGGAUAGAAAGAUUUGCCGAUCAACGUGGCAAGUUAUGGGCUGGUCUAGCAACAUACUGGAUCACCCGCGGAGAUUUCGAAAGAGCCAGAGAUGUGUUUGAAGAGGGAAUCACGACUGUUAUGACGGUGCGGGAUUUUACGGUGAUCUUCGACGCUUAUGUUGAAUUUGAAGAAUCCAUCAUUUCCACUCUUAUGGACGCGGCUUCUGCUCGUGCUACAAAGGGAAUUGUUGAUGCCAAUAAAGACUUUGAUCUCGACAUGAGAAUGAUGCGUUUCGAGCAUCUGAUGGAUCGAAGACCGUUCCUGGUCAACGAUGUGCUCCUGCGGCAGAAUCCAAAUAAUGUUGUCGAAUGGGAGAAACGAGUUGCGCUCUGGAACGACAACAAAGAAGAGAUCGUGCAGACGUACACUGAUGCGAUCGCUACAAUUGCUCCGAGAAAGGCUAUCGGCAAAUUCCACGAGUUAUGGCUGAAAUAUGCCAAGUUCUACGAAGAAUCAGGUGACCUGGACACCGCUCGAAUCAUUCUUGACAAGGCCGUCAAAGUGCCGUACAAGUCCGUGGCAGAGCUGGCCGAUACCUGGGUUAGUUGGGCAGAAAUGGAACUUCGAAACGAAAACUUUGAUGCCGCCGUGAAAGUCAUGGCCAUGGCGACCAAGGCUCCCAAACGUAGUACCGUGGACUAUUUCGACGAAACAUUAUCGCCACAACAACGAGUUCACAAGUCGUGGAAGGUCUGGUCCUUUUACGUGGAUCUCAUUGAGUCGGUCGGUUCACUAGACGAGACUCGCGCCGUGUACGAUCGCAUUUUCGAACUGCGCAUUGCCACUCCCCAAACAGUGGUGAAUUACGCCAAUCUGCUCGAAGAACACGGCUACUUUGAAGAGUCCUUCAAAGUCUACGAACGAGGCCUCGACGUAUUCACGUACCCUGUGGCCUUCGAGCUGUGGAACCUGUACCUCACGAAAGCCGUGAACAGGAAGAUCGGCAUCGAGCGUCUCCGCGAUCUGUUCGAACAAGCCGUCGAAAACUGUCCCCCCCAAUUCGCCAAACCCAUCUACCUAAUGUACGGCAAUCUCGAAGAAGAACGCGGCCUCGCCCGCUCUGCAAUGCGCAUUUAUGAACGUGCGACCCGUGCCGUUGCCGAUGAAGACCGUCUUGCCAUGUUUGAAUUCUAUGUCACCAAAUUAGCAUCCAACUUUGGCCUCACCUCGACACGACCGAUCUACGAACGUGCCAUUGCUGCCCUGCCGGACAAAGAAGCGAAGACCAUGUGUCUGAAAUUCGCGGAGAUGGAGCGACGUCUAGGCGAGAUCGAUCGCGCCAGAGCUAUUUAUGGACAUGCAAGCCAAUUCGCAGAUCCCCGUGUCGACAAGGCGUUCUGGGACACGUGGGAGAAAUUUGAAGUCGCGCACGGCAACGAAGAUACAUUCAAGGAAAUGCUCCGUAUCAAACGCAGUGUUGCUGCCCAGUUCAAUACCGACGUCCAAUUCAUCGCUAGCCAGGCUGUCCAGCGUAGUCAGGCGAAUGCCGCUCCUGCUGUCGGUGCGAAUGGCGAACAGCAGCACGAAGAUGUGGCAGAUGGUAGCGCAGAUAACAAAGUCAUCGAUGCAAUGACAGCGUUGGAACGUCAGGCUCGCGCCCCCGUGGGGUUUGUUGCCGCUAGCACAGGGCCAGAGGGCGGAAACCGGCCUCAGCAAAAUGCAGAUGCUGCCACUCAUACUUCGACCAGUGUGGCAGCGAAUCCGGAUGCGAUUGAUGUCGAUGUCGACGAUGACGAUGACGAUUAA